AUGGCUGGCUUCUACAACCCUGACAAGGGUCCUUACUGCCUCUACCCCUAUGGAGAGAAAGAGCUCCGUGACUCCCCAUUUGAGAUCCUGGUAAAAAAAGACAACCUUGAGCUUUUAGAAUGGAAGGAUGACUCCUGGGGUUCAGUGCCUGAUAAUGCAGUCGAGACCUGCCCCGGCAGCGAUGUUUAUGUUGGGAAGAAUGAGUAUGGUCUUGGGAAGGUGGUUGUUCAACACAAGGCCCUCUUCGUUCCGUGGGAAGGUUCUGAGUGUUGGUACAAGAACUACCAGGACAUAUCUGAUGUCAAGUAUAAGACUGAUGGGGUUAAACCCAUUGAGUAUCCUCCAGAGACCAUGCAAAUAUCUGUCGUCACCAACAAUGAGUGCCAGUCAGUGAAACAGACAACUACACUCUCAGAGACAACCCAAAAGGAGCAAAGGUGGGACUUCAGCUUUUGGUUUAGAAUGGGCGUCAAGACUAGCAUCACUGCUAGAAUCCCUUUAAUCUCCUCUGCAGGUAUCGAGGUUAGCGCUGAAACGAUUUACCAGUACACCAAGGGGACCACUUAUACAGAGUUCACCACUGUGUCUGUUGAUACUAAUGUCCAACCAAACCACUCCUGUCGUGUCAGUAUGGUGGGAUGUAAGUAUGAGACAGACAUCCCAUACACUGCACGCCUCAAGCACACCUACAGAAACGGGGAGACGACAUGGACGUCCAUCUCUGGGACCUACAGCAGUGUCCAAAUGGGAGAAGUCCAUGGUGAGGUGGAUCGCUGUACACCUGUCCCUAACACCAGGCCCUGUCCUAUAAAAAAUUAA